UAAAAUAAUUGAAAUGAUUUGAAUGCUGUUUCAAUCAUUCAAGCAAUCAUCGUAGCUUUACUUUUUACUUCUCUCUCUUUCGCGUUGUCCGACUUCUCUUCUCGUCCGUUAUGGCUCUGACCGAGGUUCACGUCAAGGGUGUCGAAGACUACCUAUCAGCUGUUGAGACGCACAAGGCUGCGCCACAAGUGUUUGGGUUGUUUUGUGGUGGAACCGACCCUGCAACUGGAGCUAGCUGGUGCCCCGACUGCGUGACAGCUGAUCCAGUCAUCGCCAGUGAACUCCCAAAGGUUGCCAAAGCCGGCGCAGUCCUUAUUCAUGUUGAUGUCGGCGGCCGUGAUGCGUGGAAGGACAAGCAGAACGCUUAUCGGACGCACCCCCAGCUCAAGCUUACGUCCGUGCCCACUCUUCUGCUUCACGGAACCCCCAAGAGACUAACAGAGGAGCAGUGCGCAAAGGCCUCCCAUAUCGCCAUGCUUGCCGAAGAUGAAGACUAAAUCGCCCGUGCAUUUAUCAUAUUUAAAAAAAACUGUUUGUCAUGAAACUAACAUUCUGAAGAAUAAAUGCGAAAAAAUAUUGA